AGUCAAAAACAGUCAAAACAUGCUUUGAUGUAGAAAGUGAGCAUGUGGUAGAAUUAUAAAAGUCAAACGAAGUUAUAUUAUUUUUUUUGUAAUACUUAUGAUAGACAAUCGAAGUAAUAAUUUCAAAAACAGUAUAUUUGAGAGUUCGCCAUGGGUAAAGCUAAAAAGGGGUACAAGGGAGGAAAGACCGAAGACAGUGAUUCCACCGGUGAAGGAGCUACGGAAGAACUCAUCGAAAAAAUUCCCAAUAAAAAGACAAAGUCAGCUCAAAAAUCAAAAGUAGCAGAAUCUAUUAAUGAAGAAGAGUUACCAUCAAAAAAUAAAAAGCAUAGUAAAUCUAAGAAGGAAAAAAAGAUCGAGUCAAGUGAUUCUGAUGCAGAGGAUGUCCCAGUUACAAAAAUUCAGAAGUCAUUCGCAGUCCUAGAUAUUGAUGAUGAUGAUGAUAGUGAACCUGAAUUACCUAAUCAAAAUGAAAGUGAUAGUGAUACUAAACCUGUUAAGAAGAACACUAAGAAAAAAUCUAACAAAACUAGUGAUGAAUCCAGAACUAUUGAAAGUCAAAGUGCCGGAAAGAAAUCCAAAAAGAGUAGAAGAAAGCGAGAAGAUAGUGAUGAAGAUAUUGAUAAAGUACUAGCUGAGUUAGAACUUGAAUACUCUGGUGUGAAGAAAGAACCAGCUGGUGAAGAUGAUGCAACUGAAAACCAGUCUAAAAAUAAAGACAAAGUAAGAACUGAAGAAAAAGAAAAAUCUGAUGGAAAAGAUAAUGUUGAGCAAGAAGAAACAUCUAUUGUUAAAACAGCAGCUCAAAAGAAAAAAGAGAAGAAAGAAAAACAGAAAAAGGCAGCCUCCAAGAAAGUAGAAGAAGGUACGGAAAAGACUGAGACAGCAAAUGUACAAUCUGAAAUUAAAAUUGAGAAGGAAAUUGAAGCAGAAAAUAAGCAAGAGGGUGAAGAAAAUGUUGAAGAAGAAAAAGAUAGUAAAAAAAAGAAGAAAAAGGGUGCUAAAGUAGAAGAAGAAAAGAAGGAUGCCAAAAAAGGCCCUAGUAAAAAAGCUAUUGCUGCAAUGCAAGAGGCCUUGAAAAAACUUAAGGAGGAAGAAGAAAAAUUGAAAAAGGAAGAAGAAGAAAGAAUUCUAAGAGAAGAAGAAGCUGAGAAAGCACGCCAGGAAGCAAUACGCUUAGAAAAAGAGAAAAAGGAAAGAAAAAAGCAAAAGGAAAAAGAGAGGAAAGAACGACUUAAAGCAGAAGGAAAACUUUUAACUGCCAAACAAAAGGCAGACCGUGCAAGAGCUCAAGCAAUGAUUGAAAGUUUAAAAGCCCAAGGACUUGAGCUUCCUGAUGUGGGAGAGCGAAAAGUACGUCCUGGAACCAGAAUAAAACCUUCUAAAAUGCAAAAACAAAAAGCUGAAGAGCAAAAAGAUAUUCUAGAAAAUAAAGUACCUCCGGAAAGUGGCGUUAAGGAGAAAGAGAAAAAAGAAGAACCAAAAAUAGCCCAGGAAGAAGCAGAAAAGUCUCAAGAACCAGAAGAAAUUGAAGAUGUUAAAGAUGCUUGGGAUGCAGAUUCAACAGAUGACGAAGUAUCUGAAGAAACCUCUUCCAAAGACACUACUACAACUGAAAUAAAAUCAGAGAAACAAGAACAGCAAACAACAACAAAGAAGGAUGAUUCAGAAGCAGAAGAAAGUGAAAAUAGUGGAGACGAAGAUGAUGAAAAUGAUUCAGAAAGUAGUGAUGAAGAAGAAGACGAAGACGGCGAUCAUAAAACUGACGCUGAAAAGAGAAGAGAAAAAGCUGAAGCAAGAAUUGAGCAAAGAAAAAUUGAUGCAGAAAAAAAUCAAACUGUUGAUAAUCUAAGAGCAGCUGUAGUAUGUGUACUUGGCCAUGUUGACACAGGAAAAACAAAAAUUUUAGAUAAACUCAGAAGAACAAACGUACAAGACGGCGAAGCGGGUGGCAUCACCCAACAAAUCGGUGCUACCAAUGUUCCAAUGGAUGCCAUCAAGGAACAGAUAAAAAUUGUUAAAGGGUAUAAUGAGAUGUCUUUCAAACUUCCUGGUUUACUUAUCAUCGACACCCCCGGUCACGAGUCUUUCAGUAAUCUACGAAAUAGAGGCUCUUCAUUGUGUGAUAUUGCUAUUUUGGUUGUGGACAUAAUGCAUGGUCUCGAACCCCAGACUAUCGAAUCUAUAAACCUGUUAAAAUCGAAAAAGACCCCGUUUGUUGUUGCAUUAAAUAAAAUUGAUCGUUUAUACGACUGGCAAACGAUGAGCAGGAAGGACGUUAGAGAAAUAAUUAAAGCACAGGCACAGAACACUCAACGAGAAUUUGAACAAAGGACUAAAGAAGUCAUAAUUCAAUUCGCUGAACAGGGUCUAAACGCUGCAUUAUUUUAUGAAAAUCCUGAUUCCCGUUCGUACGUUUCGAUGGUACCUACUAGUGCCGUAACAGGCGAGGGUAUGGGAAAUCUACUGUCUAUGAUAGUCGAUUUUUGCCAGAAUAUGCUUGCAAAGAGACUAAUGUAUUCUGACGACUUGCAAGCCACUGUGCUCGAAGUUAAAGCGAUAUCAGGAUUGGGAACUACUAUAGACGCAAUUCUCGUAAAUGGUAUGCUAAGAGAAGGUGAGACCAUGGUUUUGGCUGGUACUGAUGGUCCUAUUGUUACCCAAAUCCGAUCCUUGCUCAUGCCGCAACCACUGAGAGAAUUAAGAGUGAAGAAUGCUUAUGUUGAGUAUAGAGAGAUAAAGGCGGCACAAGGUGUAAAAAUUGCAGCAAAAGAAUUAGAGAAAGCGAUAGCUGGCCUCAACCUGUACAUUGCUCAUAAACCAGAUGAAGUUGAAAUAUUCAAAGAAAUUGUCGCCAAAGAACUCAAGUCUGCCCUGUCCGGUAUCAAGUUGCAAGAGAGGGGAGUUUAUGUUCAGGCUUCCACCCUUGGUUCUUUAGAAGCCCUUUUGGAGUUUUUGAAGUGCAGCAAAAUUCCGUAUUCAGGAAUUCGCAUUGGACCCGUCGUGAAGAAAGAUGUCAUGAAAGCUUCAAUUAUGUUAGAGCACGAUAGUCAGUACGCUACUAUUUUGGCAUUUGAUGUUAAAGUUGAACGUGACGCUCAAGAAUUGGCGGACAAUUUGGGUGUGAAGAUCUUUCAAGCUGACAUUAUUUAUCAUCUGUUCGACAAAUUCAUGGCGUAUCGCGAAGAACUUAAGCAGCGAAAGCGCGAAGAGUUUAAAAAUAUAGCAGUCUUCCCAUGCAAACUCAAAAUUUUGCCGCAGUUUGUGUUCAAUUCAAGAGAUCCCAUAGUUUGCGGCGUGAUGGUUGAAGCUGGAAUUGUCAAAGAAGGGACUCCUAUUUGUGUGCCGAGCAAAGAGUUUGUUGAUCUGGGAAUCGUAACCAGUAUCGAAGUUAAUCACAAACCCGUCGAGUCGGCUAGAAAAGGAAUGGAAGUGUGCAUCAAAAUUGACCCCAUUCCGGGUGAAUCUCCAAAAAUGUUUGGAAGGCAUUUUGAUGAAACUGAUUUCCUCGUCAGCAAGAUUUCGAGACAGAGUAUAGACGCAUGUAAAGAUUACUUCCGAGAUGAUCUCCUAAAGACAGACUGGCAGUUAAUGGUGGAAUUAAAGAAACUAUUUCAAAUAUUGUAGCUAAACGCAGUUCUUCUUCAAGGUACACAAACCAUUUACAGUAAUAAUAAUUUUAUACUGUUAUAACUACAUAUUUACGUUUAAAAUCACUUCACAAUAUCUCUUGUUGCGUUUUUUAAUGCUUGAUGGAACGUUGGGAAUUCAAAUAUUUAUAUACUUACAUACUUAACGUUUAGUUAGUGAAAUUUUAUUGUAACUGAGUGACUCUCGAAAUUAUCUAUAUACCAGAAUAUUAAUUAAUUAUAUUGUGUAAAUUGUAAUUAAAACGAAGGUCGAACAAAAUUAAUGGUUGAAAAUUGUGCCAGGGCUGUAGUCAAAUUUUACAUACGCUAUCUAUAUUGAAAAGUAUACUUAUUUUAAGAAGUAAAAAUAAUUGUAUAAAUGUAUAUUUAUUGAUAAUUACUAUUACAGUUGUCGUAUAACGGAAAUAUUCUCCGUACUUAUUGACGAAAUUAUAGGUAUCUCUCAAAAUAAAAGCAUUGCUGCCCUCUUGGUUAUUGUAUUUGUUGAGGAUUAUUUAAAAAUAAACAUUAUUUCAUUUCAA